CUUCUGUCGGUUCACUUACCGCAGUCGGUUUGAUACUUGAUCAUUUCUCUGUUUUUGCUUCCUUUGAUUCAGAUGGAUCUAACUGAUAAGGUGAUUGGAUCCGAGGAAGUGGAGAUGGCAACUCCAGAAGUGAUGAUUUCAUCUGAAAUCGAAGUGAAAGCUGCUGAAAUGAUGAUUUCACCUGAAAUCAAAGCGAAAGCUGCUGAAAUGAUGAUUUCACCUGAAAUCGAAGUGAAAGCUGCUGAAAUGAUGAUUUCACCUGAAAUCAAAGCGAAAGCUCCUGAAGUGAUUUCCUCUGAAAUCCAGAUGAAAACUCCUGAAGUGAUUUCAUCUGAAAUUCAGAUGAAAAAUUGUGUGAAUUGUGGUGCUAUGAAAACGCCUCUUUGGCGUAGUGGUCCUGCUGGUCCUAAGUCGCUGUGCAAUGCUUGUGGGAUCAGGAGCAGGAAGAAGAAGAGAGAUCUGCUCGGGUUGAAAAAGGAUGACAAAAAGACGAAGAAAUCGCCUGCUAAUUCUGCUAGCAGCAGCAAUGUGGACAAGAAGAAGCAGAAGAUAAAAUCUGCAGUGAAGAAUGCUGAUGCAAUUCCAAUUCACUGGACUGAGCUUGAUGAUGUUGAACAAGCUGCUUUCUUGUUGAUGUGUCUGUCUUGUAGCUCUGUUCGUGCUUGAUCAGGGCCAGCGAUGAAUUGGUUGGUUGGUGGGUGAGGGAGUGAGUGAUCAGUGGUGGGUAGUAGAAUCAUAAAACAGCAAUACAUAAAUAGUUGAGAACUUAUUUUUCCUAGGACUUGAAAAGGAUACUUUUAUCCUUUUUAGAUUUUUAUUAAAUUUAUUAGUUUAAUCAAAUUCCUUGUUAUGCUUAAAAGAUUCAUCAAAUAUA